ACCCAUAAGAAAACUGGCCUACAAGAAAAGCCAUUCAAACCCAGCUCUAUCAUCUUCUCUCUCAAUAACAUACUUGAUACAAUAAUACUCACAACAAAACCUACUUUCUCUCUUUAUCUAGCUUUUCGAUCCACUAACUCAAAAAAGACUUGUUUUGCUUUUCUUGUUUUUUGGAUUGUUGUUAGAUCAAAAAAGAAGAUGAUCCAAGAACUCUUUGGAGGUCAUGCAGCAGCCCUAAUUGGUGGAGAGAGGAAAAUCUCCAUUAAUGGAUCAACCCUUUUGGAACCCGCUCCUUCUCCUUCUCCUAAUUCACCAUCUCCAUCUUCUUCUACUACACCAACCAAUACCACUACGCGUACCACUACUGCAACUUCUUCUGAUCGGAAAGAGAGUUUGAGAUGUCCGCGAUGCGAUUCUUCCAACACAAAGUUCUGUUACUACAACAACUACAACCUCACUCAGCCUCGGCACUUCUGCAAAACUUGUCGCCGGUACUGGACCAAAGGCGGCGCCCUCAGAAAUGUUCCGAUUGGAGGUGGAUGCAGGAAGAACAAGAAUACCAAUAUCUCACCAUCAAUUUCAAAAUCAAGUUCUGGCAAGAUUAAAACUUUGGCAACGGAUUUUGGAAUUAGAUCAGCAAGCUUUGGCGGGUUUGAUUAUCACCACGAGCUCGCAUCAAAUCCGAUUUCAUUCUCUUCGUCGCAGGGUUCUCAUCAUCUUUUGAGCUUGUUAAGGCCAAACUCUAACACUAACCCUAAUUUUGUGAAGGAGGGUGGUGUAAUGAUUGGAUCUCAUCUGAUGACUGCAGAGCCUGCAGUGCUAAAUGGUCAAACCCUAAGUUUGGAUACUCUUGGUCAGGUUCCUUCUCUUGCUCUCUCUAGCCCUUAUUGGAAGACCAACAAUCAGCAACAAAAUGGGGUUAUAAGUGGUCAUCAAGCUCAAAACAACAGUACUGGACUUCAAGAGCUUUAUCAAAGGCUUAGGUCAUCAACUAGUACUGGUUAUUACAACGGUCAAUCAGUACCAGGUGUUCCAAGUAGUGUGGGAUCAUCAUCAACUUCUUCUUAUUCAUCAAUUUUUGAAUCAACUCCGGCUGCCGCUACUGGAAAUGAAUUAGGUUACUGGAGUAAUAAUCAAGCAUUUUCAUCAGCAUGGUCUGAUCUUCCAACAACAACAAAUGGUGCAUAUCCUUGAGUACCCUUAAUUUCUUUAAUCUUCUGGUGUAUUAUCUUAAUUUGUGUUUUCUUUCUCAAUGCCGUAGACUGUUAUUAAGUUGUUUCUAUAUAUUUUGGGGGUUUGGCUUUGUGGUAUAUGGUAUGGGAGUAGGAUCACCAUGUUCUUUCUGCUUUUCUUUUAAUUUUCUUGUUCAUUUUUGCAUGUGUGGUUGAAGAGUGUUAUGACUUGUGAAGAUGUACCAAUUAAUUAAGACCAAGAAGUGGUAGAAAUCCAAACUGUAUUGA